UUCGGGGGGCGGCCGUGCCGGUUUUGGGGAUCCCUGAGGGGACUUUGGGAUAAUUUUGGGAUCCCUGUGGGAAUUUCGAGACUCUCAAAGGGAUUUUGAAUUUUUGGGGAAUUUUAGAGUGGCCCUGGUAGAGGGGCGAGUGUACCCUUGGACCCUCUAUUUAGGGAGCUGCGCUGGGGGUACCCUCACAACACCGCCCAUCUCCCACAGCUUCCCUUUUCUUCGCGAUAUCCCUGGAUUCGGAGUUUUCUGGGAAUUCUCCCCUGGUGGUUCUUCAUCCUGGAAGCUCGGAAAAACAAUCUCUAAUCCACAAAAUACUUAUAAAAGGAUACCUGCAAUUUCACCUAAUUCCCACAGCCCCCCAGAAUCCAUGGAUUCUCUCCUUCUCCUCUGCGCCCGCCGCAUCGUCGCCCAGCGCCCUCUUCCUGCCCUUCCUGCCGAUCUCUAUCCCGUCCUUUUCCAAGCGGCAUUCCUGGAUGGAAAACCCCUGGUUCUGCAGGAUUUGGUGGCUACUUGGCCUUUCCCAGUGCUAAACUUGCAGCGGCUUGUGGGGCGCCGGGAGUUGCUCCCGGGUCAUACCUGCUUCAAAUCUGUCAAGGCCGUCAUCCAGGCUGUGGUGGCACAGCUCUGCCGGGAGCUGGAAAAGCCCGGCAGCCAUUCCAGCCUGCGCGUGCUGGACAUGACCAUGCUCCCAGAUUCUGAGUUCUGCCACACUCCCACUGGGAUGAAAACCUGGUGCUCCACCAGGGACUUGGCCGAGGCUUGCGUGGAGGUGUUCAAGCACCAGCAGGAAUUCCAGAGGUGCAGAUCCAAGCACGACAAAGCCUGCUCUGGAGCUGACAUGGCCACGGCAGCUCUGCAGUGUCCGGGUGUGGACAUCUGUGCCGACCUGUCCGUCAUUAGAUGGUCCUACAGGAUGCUGCGCGAUGCGCUCCAGAUCGGAGCCGCCGGCCUGCUGCGCCUCAAGUGCCGUGAAUUCCAAGUAGAAAACAUUUCGGCACCCGAGAUUGUGACUUUGUUGAAAUCUCUGGAUCCAUCCUGUCUGCGGAGGGUGGAUCUGUGCUGCAACUAUUUCGGAUUGACCGGGCUCUCGGUGAUCCUGCCACACCUCUCGCGCUUCCCGGAGCUGCGCAGCCUCAAGCUGCAGGACAACUGGCUGGACGUGCGGCAUCUGACGCCGAAAUCAGGAGUGACAAUGCGCUGCGUGGCCCAGCAGCUGGGAAUGCUGCCCAGCCUCCGGGAGCUCAACCUGGCAAUUUCCCGCCUCUCUGGGAAUCUGCACCAGAUCCUCUGUGACCUCCAGGCUCCAUUGGAAAGCUUGGAGUUGCCCUUCUGCUACCUCCUUCCCGCUGACCUCGCCUUCCUCUCCCAAAGCAUCCACCCACCGGCACUCAAAAGGUUGGAUCUGAGUGGCCACGACAUCUCCCAAGGCCUCCUGGAGCCGCUCCAGCUGCUCCUGGAGAAAACCUCGGCCUCGCUGCUGUACCUGGAUCUCACAGAUUGCCACAUGACCGACUCCCACCUGAACGCGCUGCUCCCGACGCUCCUGCGCUGCUCCCGCCUGCGCUUCCUGGGACUCCGCAUCAAUCCCCUGUCCCUGGCCGCACUCAAGGAUCUGCUCCAGAAAACCUUGGAGCUGCCAGAUCUCCACGUGGUCGUGUAUCCUGUCCCCAAGGACUGUUGCAAGAGAGCGCUGCCGGGAUUCGUUAGUAAUUUUGUCAUUGAUCGGGAGCUUUUGUCGGCAGCCACUGCGGAGAUUUCCCAGCUGCUCGCAAAUUCUUGGAGAACUGACCUUGACUGGACUUGCGCUCCUGUAGGCUGCAAAGCCAUGGACUACUUCUUGUUGUGAUUUGGGAAAACCUCGGAUGCGGGAAAAGCUCGGAGCCACCAUCACGGAAAAGGUCUGCCGCCUCCUUACUGAAAUCCGGGGGUUUUCCGCCUCAUCCCGGUGCUUUUCUGCCUCAUUCCAGUGUUUUUUUCCUUUCAUUUCCAUGCUUUUCUGCCUGCUUUUGUUAGUUUUCCGCCUCAUCCUGAUGUUUUUCCACGUGUCCUGGUUUAGGGCAAAUUUGGGGAAAACUUCUGGAAGGAGCCCC